UAACUGUGUAUCUAUUUCUCAAGCAGGCAGUGGUGUUCUUCAUCAGCUUAUUUCGCUCAAGAAGCAGCCUGUGCUUGUAGUGAAACUGAGGUCAUUAAGCACACAGUCAAAAGACAUCAUGAAUUUGUUACCAGAAACGUUAAUUGGCAGUAUGUGCUACAUCCAUCUCUUGAUAUUUUAUCGACAAAUACUUGGUGAUGCACUCCUGAGAGAGAGAAUAAACAUGCAAAGUGCAGAAUUAAUCUGUAAUCCUAUUUUAGCAACUUUUCCUCAACUCGUGGAUCAGCCAGACCUGAUGGAUGCACUGCGGAGUGCUUGGGCGGACAGAGAAAGAACUUUGAAGAGAUCAGAAAAGAAAGAUCGAGAAUUCCUGAAGUCUGUGUUCAUCCUGGUGUACCACAACUCAGCCUUCCCUCUCCUCCGGUCCACUUCGCUCCCCAGCUACAAGUGGGCAGAGGAGGAGUCCGAAGCCUCUCGCUGGAAAGUGAUUGCUGACUUUCUGAGAAAGAGCCGAGAGAACGAUGGUGCCCUUCAGUCUCUGCUAUCCUCAGAAAACACUCACACAGCCUUUGACAUCUCAGAGCUGGCCUACGAUUUCUUAGGAGAAACGAGGAAAAACAAUCCCACAGUAUGAAUGGAUUGUAGGGUAACAGCACAGAUAAACUUUUACCAAAGAGAAAUUAUGUGUACUAUCUGUAUUGCAAGAAAUAUUUUCACACAUUAAAAAUAACAUUUUGAGGGAGA